AUGGCGCCGAAAUUACCUGAGCCCUGGCUGGCGAAUUUCCUUACAGCUGAACUCAGCGCCGUCAUUGAAUGGAAGCAGCAGACUUUGAGUGGAAUCAAGCCAGACCCGGAGACGCAGAGUCGGUUCAGUGAUGAUGGCAGCAAUUUCCGGAGCGAAGUCGCGUCGCCUUCCUCCAACACUCUGGUUCAACUGGUAGAGGUCCUUUCUUCCGAGGACGUCGUCACUGCCUACAUCUCAGAUGGCAGUUGGAAGGUGAAGGCGCGUCUCUCCGAGGAAGCCGUGGCGACAUUCGAAGAGGAUAGCGGAUCGCCUAUCACCACUGAAGUCAGCGGCGACCUAAUUCGCCUGGAGAAAUUCACAGUGGUUAGCACGCCAUUUGGACCUGCAGACGGUUUCGUGCAAUUGCACAUUGACGAAAUCGAGUAUCACACACUGCGACGCACGAUACUAGGAGUCCCACAUCCUGUGGAGGUCUUGUAUGAUAUUCGGACGCUCAUUGAAAGCACCAAAUCGCUCCGACUACCGGGAACUGCUUCUCGCGAUGCCCAGAAACAUGCACGGAAUGACCCAACACCUACUGCAGCGUCUCCCAAGACAUCGAAGCGUUCAGCUGCUCAGGAGCCACAGACAACACCGGCCAAGAAAGCCAACAGAACAUUGGUUUCGAGCAAACGUAAGUCGCAGGGGCCCACAUUGGGCAAAGAUGGUUUCGAGGUGCAGAGUGGUGUCAAUCUCCACGGUCCUGUUCAGGCUGUCACGCAUGACGCUGAUGGCAGUCCUCCUGGCCCAAAGACCAUUAAUCCAAGGCUCACGGAGCUGCUCCCAGCGAAGAGACCAGCGCUUCCUCCGAAGUCUCUAGCGACAGUGGAAAUCACACCACAAACACAACUACCAACGACUCAACUUCCAGAAAGAGCGUUGGUAAGAACUUCGCCUUCGCGGACUGCCAUUGGACGUAGUAGGCCGGAUCACCGACAGCAUCCUGACAGCUCGACCGUGGUUUCUGAAACUCCUUUGAAGUCUGCUGGCCGCAAAAAGGCACCGCACCAAGAUGAUGCCCCUAUCGCUCACACACCGUCCGAUGCAGUGCCUCCCAGCGGAACAUUACAGUCCACGCCGCGGGGAAAAUAUAUUGCAACUAAUGCAUCGCUCUUUGCAUAUGCAAGAAGAAAGAUACCUCACGACCAGCGUAAGCUGCUUGAUGAUCCUGCGUCUUGGCUGCCAUCACUGCCAGGUAGACAAUUUCCCGCCCCCAACGUGCCCAUGGCGCUUCUAACGAGAUGGAAUCACGAGGCUGAAGCUGGUGCUGCUGCUGCUUCCACAUCGCAGCUCUCUGCCGAUGCACUUCAUCAGAAACCUGCUUCCCUGUCCGGGGCACUGGCCGACUCUGAUUCAAGUUCUGAGCAUUCCGAUGGUACAGCGCAAGACUUCACGCCUUCUCCUAGCAAGAAUUGGCAAGCGCGACAGGCCGCUGUUCCAUCUGCGACUUGGGUGGACAGCAGCGUUGAAAGCGAUGCGUCCCUCGGCGGAUAUUCAAGACAUCAAUCCAGCUCUCCCCAUCCGCCUGACGGACUCACCAUGCCACCGUCUAGCGCAUUGGGAGCAGUGAUUCGAGGCACCGCCCAAGAUGAUAACGAGCUGCAAGUAGCGCCCCCGCGGCCACUGCCAUUCCGGAAAUCGCCAAAGAAACGACACGGAGAAGCAAUUCUUCCGCCUCCACCGAAGCGCCAUGCGCUACCGCCGAAGCCUACAUUCACUGCGACAGGUUCACCGAGGCAUGGAAAAGGAUCGGAUCAGGACUUCUAUGCCGCGGGAUGGUCACCACGUGGGACCGCGAAUUUGAGCAUUUACCCCGAAUGUGAUCCGGUAACUGGUCUACCGACUCAUGUUUCCUCACCAUCUUUGCCCCCGGUGCAACGACAACUGUCACAAGGGGUGCGCCCACACGUGUCUCAGCCGUCAACGCCUAGAAUUCUUUCCACACAGGGAAAGCUAUCGAAAAUGCCACCUUCAGGCCCACGCUCCACUGUGCCGCACACCUACCAGGGCACACAGACCCCACGUACGUCUGCUUCGAAAGGUCCAACGUCGUCGUCUGGACUGGCCACGGAGAACAGUGGCGGACCGCACGAUCCACCGAGGUCGCAAGCCGGUCCCUCUAACUCUCUUCGUCCUGGAUCUCUUCACGGUUCAUCACGUCAAGUUUCCAGCCAAAGUGAACAGAAGCCAAGCAGAGGGAACGCCAAACCUGUGAAUGGUUCCUCGAUCGAACGUUCGACCAUUAGAGCAUCCUCUGGUCGCCUCCGCGCUGCUCCAUCGUCUGCGACCAACGCAUCUUCACCGAAUGCGAGUCCAUGGCGGCCUGAGGCAGUCUCAACGCAAUUAAAUCUUUCAAAUGGUGACGACGACACUGACAUCAACCCAGCACACAAUACCAAAUUCCCCGCCGUCACCCUUUCGAUACGCAAAGACUGGUUGAAAGCAAACUACGUUCCGAGCUCAAAUGGUCCUUUCAAGCUGCCAAACGUGCUUGAAAAGUACCGGAAGGCUUUACCGCAUGACAGUGCCAUUGGCAUUGAAGAUCUGCUUUUAGCUGCGCGAUACGCUUUCAGCAAAGAUGACAUUACGCACAGCAUGAGAUACCAACCGAAACGUUCGAUACCCACUAGCCAACCCGCAGCAGAGUCAAGGCGGUUGCCGUCUGGUAACCGAAACGCCAGACCUCCCGAAUUGCCGCGUGAUCAUCCUGCUUACAAGCAUCGCCAAGCGCGGAUGCAGUUCAUCAAUCAAGAAAGACGCAAGGACUACCUGCGUACGAACUACGCACCCUCGAGCAAUGGAACGUACGACCUCGACGGCGUGUCCGAACGAUACCGGCAAGCAUACCCAGAGGACAAUCAGGUAACGCUCCAAGAGCUGCUUCUUGCGGCCCGAAAUGUUUACGAGGAUGCCUUGCAUUUUGACACCAUCACAGCUGCAACACGUUACACGCCGCGGCUGAAUGCAAUGGAAACUGCCGGAAUACGUCUGACUGAACGACAGACGGGAACCAAGAAACAUGGCUAUGAACUGCAGAGGAUGGCCUGGGUCAAGGACAACUAUACCCCUUCUCGCAAAGGUUCGAUCACGCUUGCCACCAUUCUGGCGCGGUAUAGAAACUCUUGUCCCAAGGACGACCGUGUAGAGUACGAGCAUAUUCUGGUGGCUGCACAAGCUGCGUAUCCCACGGAACGCAUUACGCCCGGGCUGCCGUGGAUGCCAAAGGCCAAAGAUCGCAAUAGCGAGGACGGAGGUCAGUCACGAUCUAGCGACGCAGCGAUCCGGCAUCAUGCUGUCUUGGAAUCUACUAGCACGAUGGCAGAGUUCUGUGCCGCUUACCUUGCACCUUCGCCAAGCGAUGGGAAUGCAUUUGCAGCAGGCAAGCCAAGAAGGACGAGGCAGAUCCAUGUAGAUGUGCUGAGCUGGGAUAUCUGA